UUAAAAAGCUGUACAAGAGACGGCUUUUUAUCUUAUCUGAAAUCUGAGUUUUCCUUCUCUCUGAUCUCUAAAGGUCAAUCGGUUCAUCAGAUCAAAAGCAUUUGGAGUGAACCCCUUUGAUACCUUGCUCUCUUGGUUGCUCAUCAGCAAGCUGCAGGUGAUUCUUUUUCUUUCGUCGGAGGUGAUUUGCCUGAGAUCUCUGAGAAAUAUACUGGAGCAGAUCCGCGGAUCUGCUGACUGCUAGGCUCGUUCUGGUGUGCUACUGCGUUGAUAUAUGAUCACUCAAACAAGGGAGAGAAAACUUAGUAGAGACUAGCUAGAGAGAGUGUGCAGAUCGAUAUGGGGAGAGGAAAGAUUGUGAUCCAAAAGAUAGACAGCUCGGCGAGCAGGCAAGUGACCUUCUCAAAGAGAAGAAAUGGGCUGCUCAAGAAGGCCAAGGAGCUCUCCAUUCUUUGUGACGCUGAGGUCGGGGUCGUCGUCUUCUCUUGCACCGGCAAGCUCCAUGAAUUCGCCAGCUCUAGCAUGAGGUCCACAAUCGACCGUUACGCAAAAUCCAAACAAGAUCAUCACGGAGAGAAGAAUCCCGUCGAAGAACUCCAGCUUCGGCAAAGGGAGGUCGCAGAUUUAAAGCAGCAACUGCUCGACAUGCAGGAUAACCGCAGACAUCUGAUGGGCAAAGACCUGUCCUCAUUAAGCUUUGAAAACUUGCAAAAUCUGGAAAAGCAAUUGGAGAGGAGCUUGAAGGCUAUCCGAAUGAGGAAGUAUCAGGUUUUGAACGAAGAAAUAGGAGAUCUCAAUAAAAAGGCGUCGAAUGCAAGUCGUUCCGGAGAAGAUACAAGUAGGGAAGUUCCAUACGCUUUCGCCGAUCUGUGUGACUUACACUUGUACCACCAUUUGCAUUCAAGUCAUUCACGCUCUGAAGUAAAUGAAGCAGCACAGAUUGCGAUGGAGCUAAGUCUUUCGGCAGGUUGGGACUGCAUUAAGGAAUAAACUGGCUCAGUACAUGCAUGUCGAGGAAUAAUUGUGCACAUUCUAGAUCACAUUGUCGAUAAUUCUCUGCGUUGAUAUUACACGCUGGUUGUAGAAGGUCCUGAGGAACUUUUUCAUACUAACCUUACUCAUUCUUAUCAACUGUGUGUAAGUGUAUCCAGUGCAAUAUGUUUAUUAAUUAUCAAAUAAAUCUUGAUGCAAAGCUUGGUGCGAAGGGUUUCGUGUCAAACUGUA